GCAGGUUAAACUCUCGGGCCCUAAUGCACCUCCAGUUAAUGAAAUAUCAGCUGCUAAUCCUGUAACUAGUGUGUGUGUGUGUGUGUGUGUGUGUGUGUGUGUGUGCGUGUGUGUGUGUGUGUGUGUGUGUGUGUGUUUGUGUGUGUGUGUGUGUGUGUGGCUUGUAGUUGUUCUGCUGCUGAAGGAAUGAGCUUUACUCCACAAUAAGCUGGAGGGGAAUCAGAUGGCAGACAUCACUGUAAAGAGUGGAAGAGGAGGAAAAAGAGGAGCCAUAAAGGUUGAGAUCCAACACUCCUCCUCUCCCUCCUCCUCCUCCUCCCUGCCGUCAGUCUGGCAAGGCUUUGGGAGAAAGGUGAGACUGUUACUGCCGUAUGUCUGGCCCAAAGGCUCUGUGGCGCUGCAGGGACUCGUGGUGCUGUGCAUUGGCCUGCUGGCUGCAGAGCGGCUGGUUAAUGUACUGGUGCCUGUUUACUCCAAGAACAUCGUGAAUGAGCUCUCUGCAGGAGGCGCCUGGACCUCGCUGACCGCCACCGUCUGCAUCUACACACUGCUCAAGUUCCUACAGGGCGGAGGGGCAGGUACCUCUGGGUUCAUCAGCAACCUCCGUCAGUUCAUGUGGAUCAAAGUUCAGCAGUUUACCAGCCGAGGCAUUCAGGUGUGUUUGUUUUCCCACCUGCAUGCUUUGUCUCUGCGCUGGCACCUGGAGAGACGCACCGGAGACGUGCUGAGGAGUGUCGACAGAGGUACCUCCUCCAUCAACAACCUACUGAGCUACAUCCUGUUCAGUAUCCUUCCCACCAUCUGUGACAUCAUCAUUGCCAUCAUCUACUUCGUCUCCUACUUCAGUGUCUGGUUUGGAUUCAUCGUUUUCGCCUGCAUGGUCCUCUACCUCACCUGUACCAUCCUGAUCACAGAGUGGAGGACCAAAUACAGGAGAGAGAUGAACAAUCAAGACAACAAGGCCAAGUCCAGAGCUGUAGACUCACUGCUCAAUUUUGAGACGGUAAAAUAUUACAAUGCUGAGGAUUAUGAAGUCCGCUGCUUUGAGGAAGCCAUUCUGAAAUAUCAGCACUGUGAGUGGAAGAGCUCAGCGUCCCUGGCUCUGCUGAAUCAAACCCAGAACAUCAUCAUAGGAUCAGGACUGCUGGCUGGCUCUCUGCUCUGUGCCUACCUGGUCUCUGAGGGGCAAUUCCAGGUCGGAGACUACGUUCUGUUUGGAACCUACAUCAUCCAGCUGUACACUCCUCUCAACUGGUUUGGUACCUACUACAGGCUGAUUCAGAGUGCAUUUGUUGACAUGGAGAACAUGCUGGCACUGUUGAUAGAGCAGAAAGAGGUGCAGGAUGUUGAGAAUGCACAGGACUUGCAGCUCACAGCAGGUCAGGUGGAGUUUGACAGAGUCUGUUUCAGCUACGUGCCUGGCACUGAGGUUCUCAGGAAUGUGACCUUCACGGUGGAGGCGGGAGAAACAGUUGCUCUGGUUGGCCCAUCUGGAUCAGGGAAAAGCUCCAUCUUGCGUCUGCUGUUCAGAUUCUACGACCCUCAGAGUGGCAGCAUCCGCAUCGACGGUCAGGACAUUUCCAAGGUACGGCAGUCUUCCCUGAGGUCGUACAUCGGCGUGGUUCCACAGGAUACGGUCCUUUUCAACGACACCGUCGGCAACAACAUCCGCUACAGUCGAGUGACGGCUAGCAACCAGGAAGUUGAGAGAGCUGCCAUGGCUGCUGACAUACACACCAGGAUACUGGAGCUACCUCAGGGUCAGGCUGGGGUGUGUGAGUGGUAUGACACAGAGGUUGGGGAGCGAGGUCUGAAGCUCAGCGGUGGGGAGAAGCAGAGAGUGGCAAUUGCUCGAACCAUCCUCAAGGAACCUCGGAUCAUUCUGCUGGAUGAGGCCACUUCUUCACUGGACACCCAGACUGAGAGAAACAUCCAGGCUUCACUGGCAAAGGUCUGCACCAACAGGACAACUAUAGUGGUCGCACACAGGUUGUCCACCAUCAUCGGAGCAGACCAGAUCCUGGUGGUCCACAAUGGACAGAUAGCAGAGAGAGGAAGACACGAGGAGCUGCUGGUCCAGGGAGGUCUGUACGCAGCCAUGUGGAUGAAACAGCAGAAAAGUCUCGACUCACAAACAGAAACUCAGAUGAACAAUCAGACUCAAGACACUUGACACUGAACUGAGCAUGAACCUUUUUUGUUUCAAUGCUGACCACAUUAAAUUUUUUGUCAUAUCUGAUGUAUUGUAAUCUCAUGUAUCUGCACCUAUGGUGGAAGUUUGGAGAAACUGAAACCAACAACAAUAACAUAACUUUUCUCCAUUGUUGUUAAUGACUCACUGACAGCUGUCUCCUGAGAAUUACUGCAUGUUUCAUAUUCAGUGUUUAUCGUGGUCACCAUCUUUCCAAGGAGGUUUUAGUCACCAAACCUUAACCGCUGAGUGGUUCUCAGCUCAGGUCUUCAAAUACUGAUGCUUUGUCACAUCCCCUCUGCUUCUCAUACAGACACACCCAAUACCUUUUAGAAACACGCCGGGCUGCCACAAAGUUGUGAAAUGGUUUAGAUUUAGGAAAAGAUUGUGGUUUGGCACACUACACAUUACAGUUAAGAAUCACAGGAUAACUUAAGAACUUAUGUAACUUAAAACUUAACAUAAGUUGAUGUUUACUUUUGGUUUCACAUGGGACACAAACUCCAGUCUCCUGGGUCAAAGUCCCGUGUCUUUCUACAGAGUUGUACUUCAGUAGUUUUUUAGUAGUAGUGUCUAUACUUGAGCAUUUAUUUAUUUUUUCUUUAUUUUUACUUUUAUCCCUACAUUUUUACACAAAUAUCUGGACUUUUUACUCCUUAAAUUUUCAAAACAGACUCAUUGCACAAAGGUACAGUUGUAGAAAAACAUCUUAAACUGAACAUUAGUCGGCCGUGGUAGCAAUAAACAAUGGGGAUUCCACCCGAGUCAUUAAAAGCUGAGGCGAUUAUGUUACCCAGAUUGUUUUGGUAAAAACAUCCUGGAUGGGCUGGAAAUGCCAGUGUCAAAGGUUGCUGUUUGGAGUAAAACUAUAUCAGCAGCCUGAGGGCCAGAGACAGGAAGACAGAUGGAGAGUGUGUUUCAGCUGAACUGUGUCUCAUUAGCAAUAAAAGCCUCUGAAACAACAA